AUGGUCGGGCCUCUCCUGAAGGCUCCUGGCGGCUUCACCCGCCUGCUCGUCAUGGUGGACAAGUUCACCAGAGGGAUUGAGGCAAAACCGAUCGUCGAGCCCAGCUCCCAAGAAGCUGUCAAGUUUUUUCUUGACAUCAGCUACCGUUUUGGUGUGCCCAACAUCAUCAUCACGGGCAAUGGGAUCAAGAUCGACUGGGCAUCAGUCGGACACUCUUACACCAACGGGCAGGUGCAAAGGGUGAAUGGCAUGGUCCUCCAGGGACUCAUGCCUCGCAUCUUCGACCAGCUCAUCAAGUUUGCUGGCCGGUGGGUCCAGGAACUCCCAGGCGUCCUUUGGAUCCUGAAGACAACUCCCAAUUGGUCCAAAGGAUUCACCUCGUUCUUCCUAACUUACGGGAUGAAAGCCGUGCUACCCACCCACUUGGGCCAUGGCGCCCCAAGGGUCAAGGCCUUUGACCCCAACCGAGCCAUAGAGGCUCAGCAGGACAUGGUCAACUUGUUGGAUGAGGCUCGGGAGACGACCCUGGUCCACUUGGUGAAGUACUAG